AAUUCGGUAGUCAACUACGCAAAAAACACAUUUCUAGUUAACUUUUAUGAACUAACUAAAAGCUAACUACAAUGUAAUGCAUAAAUGCCCCACAUCAGAGCGAGCAUAGAGAAUGCAGGUGUUUCUGUUUUUGAUUUUUUUCUCAUCUUUACUGUUAGUUCUUUGUAAUCUCUCUUUUCGUUAUUAGUAGGCUGUAGUCAAAUGUCCGUGAAUCAGUUGAUGAAUCGUGUGCAAGCAAAAGUGACACAAAAUUUAAAAAGAUAAAGUUGUUAAUUAAAUUAAAAAGAGUACAAAUUCUCAAUCUGAUUGCUUUAAAUUUUAAUUAUUGUGUACUUGUAAAAAGUAAAAUGAGGGGUGUAAGCAAAAGGCAUUUGAGACGGUUAAUCAAAAAGGAAAAAGAUGUGUUUUCUAGUAAACUUUUGUCUAAUAGUGUAGCUCAAUUAGAAGCCACGUGCUCCUCUGUUAAUGCUCAGUGUCAUGACGAAGGCCAUAUGGAAAGUAGUGAUAUUGGCAAUACUUUCGAGCAAAAAUUUGCAUAUGACAUAAUUAUGAAGUCCUUGGCUGAGCAGAAAGUGUUGACGGAAAGGGUUCUUCACCAAGAGGUAACCAACAAUAAUGCAUGUGCAGUUUUCCCCAUAAAAAGUGUCAACGACUUACACGACUUCAACACUAUUAUUAGUGAGGACAAUCGUGACCUCUACGUUAACAGGAUGAAGGCUUUGUUAAAAGGGCGCCUGGCGAAAACAUUGACAGAUGUUAUUUCCCAAAGUGUGUGCAUAGAAAUCAAUUUGGAUGGAGUUCACGGCAAGAAGCGUUUGAAAGAUUUUAAAGCUUUUUACCAAACUUUAAUGGAUGCUUGUCGUUCGCUUGGUUUUGAAGACAACGAAAAGGAGAUAAGGAAUGCCUUGAAAAUCAUUAAAAAGCGGCAUUUCCAUGCAGAAUGUAUUAAAAAUAAGAAGAAUAAAACAGAAAAUUAAUACUUUAUUUUUCGGCCUUUUUUAACUUGUGUAAUUGAUUUGUAGCUAAUUUUAAAAAAGUCAACUGAUAGCUUCCUACUAAAUAACUAAUUUUUAACUAACUGCUAAGUAACCAACUUGUAGUUAACUUAAAUAAAUAGCUAAUAGCUAAUAUAUAGCCAACUACUAAGUAGCUAACUUUAAGUUAGUUGAAAAGUCAUGCAGUGUCGGAUAAUUGACUACUGCCUAGGACAUCGCAACAUUAAAAUAGUCAGUUGGC